GAACAAAAUUUACCGAAUACUUUUCCUUAUGGGUGCAAAACGUACACGAAAAGGGAAUUCAGGUUCACCACCGCGCUUUGCUACUAACCACCCAUACCCUGCCACGUAACGAAAAUUAUUUUUAUCACGUCCUUGUGUCCGAGAGAGGUGUACCUUUAGUAUCAAAGAACGCAUUCUCGUGAAGGAAGGACUGAAAUACACGUAACAUGAGCAAUACAGACAAGGGACGGUUCGGCAGGACCGCAAAAAAGAGUCAGCCCCGAAAGCAAGCUAGUCCAGCUUCAAAUGCAAAGAAAAACGUGAAAGACGGCAACCGUAUAUCUAACCAACCUCAAUUAAAUAUUGACGUUGAUGAAGAACUGCUUCAGCCUACAGACUUGUCGCCAGAGAGCAAAGUUAAUGUUUUACGAGAACUGUUUCCGGAAUGGACAGAAGAAGACCUUCAUGAUGCUUUGCGGGAGUCCGACAAUGAUUUAGAAAUUACUAUUCUACAUAUUUCAGAAGGGCAUGCUUCAAAAUGGGAAACGAAGAAGAAGCCCCCGAAAACCGUCAAAGUACCAAAGUCUUCCACAGGCCCAGAAUCUAAGACUGUAUCGUUAAAUGAGUCAAGACGGUCCAGAAAGCACCGGUUUAAAGCUCAAGAAAAUGGAAAACGUAACUCUACAGUGCCAGAAGCAGUUAAGUCUAAGCAAGGUGAAACAGGGAUUGCAAAAGCAGCUCAUACGGGUCAAAUUCUUACGGAGAACGAUAAGGUUGCAAACACUGCUGUUUCACUAGCGAAGCUUGAAAAACCAACAGGUGAUUUCGAUGAACCAAAAAUGACAACGGGUACCACUGCCACUGAAGCUUCUGUUACAUCAAGAGAAGAACGCCAAUCGGAAAAAACAGCUCAGAAACCUGUAAAAACUUGGGCCUCUAUUGCCAGAAACAAGGCAAAGGACAAGGCGUGGGUUCCCACUCCUACUGCUACUGUUAUGACGAAACUUAAUGAACUAUCCUUGAACAAGACCAAAAACACUGUACCAUCACCACCUCCGGCAAGCAAUGAAGCACAUCUAACAUCUGCACCCUCUAGGACCACUGCGACUGCCCCUGAAACGAUUCCCGCUGCUCCCGUUCAUACCGUUGAUGCUAACGUCGCCCCUGUUCAGCAAACCAAAAUAUCGGCAGCCGCUCCCAUUCCCACUGCCCAUGUUGCUGCUGAAACACCUGCUCCCAUUAUUCAAGCAAAAUCCAACUUCCUCACAAGUGCCGCACCUAAUGUGAAGAACAUCCCCACUAUCGUACCAGGAAGCACGGCUCAGUUUGUGUUUCAAAAACAUUUAUCCUCGGAAGAAAGUGUUGUUGUUAUGCCUAUGCCGAAGUCGCUUCAGCCGAAGAAGGCCGGCCUAAAGUUCGGCUCGUUAACAUUGAAUGACGAUGUAGUAUCAACUUCACCCAUUAAGUCUCUUGCCAAGUCUGAUGUUGAGCCGCGUGAUAAUCGCUCAACGUCUAAUACGAAGUCUGCCGUUCCAACUACUGCUUGGGAAGAUAGACAAAAACCCGCCGGCCCUGCUCGUCAGCAACCUACCAAUGCUGUCCCUGUAUCCUCUGUCUCUGUAGCAGCUACGGUGGCUUCCCAUAGUAAUACUCGUUCUCGUAAGUCUACCACUCAAAACGAGACUCGCAAAGUCGGUGCUUCACGUGAGCCAAAGGAGGCGAGCAGUGCUAAGACCAAACCUGCGCCCGGCUUUUCAGGUAUUUCUGGUCACUCACAGGGUUACAUGGCUGGAGAAACAGCUCCUACAAUCGGAGGCAUUCCCGUGAGACCUAUGUACGAAACUUCUGGCCCCUUUAACGGUGUUCCUGCCGACUUGACUCCUCAUCCUUACGUGAUGGCGGCAAAUGAAAGCACGAGUGACAAUGAUGCCUCUGUUCCUUCUCGUUUUUUCAACCAGGUCGAUAGCCGCAAAGUGAAUCCCAUGAAUGCACAUGUUGAGGGAUAUCCGCCCAGUGCUUUUAUGCACAAUCUUCCCUAUAUGUCGGGUACACAACAACAGAACAAUGUUCCUCCUCAGUACGGAAUGUCUCCCAAUGCUGAGCUUAAUUCUGCCUCCGCCGCUUUUGGUUAUGGGAAUGAUCGAAUUCAUUCACAGUUUUUUGACAACGGUGUUCAAGCCGCCGGCGUACCAACUGACUCAUCCUACAACGGCAAUGGUGUGAAAAAUGCCAAUAUUGGGGCUGCGACCAGUAGUCCUCUUAUACUGCCCCAGCAAAUUCCUCCCCAUUCGUAUCCAUUCCUGCAGUAUCCCACACAAUUGACUUCUUAUGGUGGUUACAAGUUUAACCAGACGCCACAAAACUACAUGCCUAAUGCACCUUCUGAAUUCUCGCCAUAUCCUUCUGCUGCACAUGCUAAUUAUUAUGCUCGUAGUCAAGCAGCCGGUCCUUCGACACCAACCAGCAUGUCGGGACCUAACGGAGGACUGAAUGCGGAUAAAACACAUGGUCAUGAUGUUCAAAGUUCUGCUGGUGAUAACGUGCAUGGAAAUACUAUGAAUGGGGGUGUAUCCGCUCAGAAUUCUGCUAAUAUUGCGAAUGCUAAUCGUGGUACACCUAUCAUGACACCGAUUCAUCCAAUGGCCGCCAUUGACAACAACUCUGUCUUUAGCCCCCAGAACAUUCCAUUUAGUGGACUUCAACAAGUUCAACAGCAAGGCCUUCAGCCCAAUGGGAAGCAGGGUAUCUCACCAGGGCAAUUAGGAGCUGGUUUUCCUUACGGUGCACCUGUGAACGUGGCAAGUCCCGGUCUCGGUGCUUAUGCUAAUCAACCCUAUAUGAACCGUACGGGCGGCGCCGGUUGGUAUGGACCAUCUCAACAAUAAGCUAAAAAAAGAGUGCUGAAGCAACGUUCGAAGGCUUUCAUGCACGAACGGGGGUUUUCGUGUGCAUGCUUGCUACUCGUAACAAAACAUUGGAUACUUUUGUCGGCAAUCACUGCGGUUUCAGCGCUAACUUGAGAUUUCUUUGCUACGUGUUUAUAAGUUACGGAGUCGCGAAUGAUUAUGGGCUCCUAUUAGAAACUUUUUAAUUCAUUGUGUGUUACUUGUGUUGGGGGAGACAAAUCUAUGGCUCACGAGUCGUGCAGAGAGAUUUUAAUCGUACAGUUCGUACUAAUGAUUUCUUGAAUGUUUUUAAGUUUGGAACUUAAUGGUUGAGCGGUGGUUUAUAGGUUUUCCGUUCAAGUUUAGAAGUGUGUGUUGAUGGAACCAGUAAG